UACAUGUUACAGGGUCCUCGCUUUGAUGUAUAGACGAGUACACACACACACACACACACACACACACACUCACAUUCUAAACAAACAUGCAUCCAGCUGUUUCACAGCACUGAGUUUCUCAAGACCCCUUGCUCCCCUGACUAGGAUGUGAUCCCAGCACUGCUCUCCCCCAGGUCCGACUGCCUGACCCCCCCAGUACCGAGUGCCUGCCUACUUGACAGUCAAACAAGCAGGGGAGGAUCAGGAUGACCGGUCGGCAAAGAUAAGGACAACAUGAAGAUCCCUGCAUUACCUCACCCGAUUAGGAAAUGAGCGCUCGAGGGUGUGGGGGGUGUAGGACAGAAGGUGAGCAUGGGAGGAACCGAGAUGCAGCCGGUCUGCUGUUGAAUCGGUUCCUGCAGAAGAACUGUAGAGACAAGGAAUCCUCUCGGCUACAACAGGAAGUCUUCAACCAGAGCAGACCAGAAGAAAGGACAUCAGGCUGUGGUUUCGGGCUUGAAGUUCUACUAGAAGGUUCAUUCUGUUCUAACAGCUUCCUGUUCUCAGAAGGAAACAUCAGCCAUUAAUAAACAGGUUGAGUUUAUAUUGGGGUCCUGAGGGGAAGCUGCAGCUGCCUGCCUCUGAUCCACAACAUAUCUAACUGGAGUCUACUCCAUCUCUGCUCCGGAUCAUCUCCAGAUCGGAUCCAUCUCUACUGUGGCUCCGUUUCAUCUCUGCUCCAGAUCUGCUCUACCUCCGUUCUUAUUCCACCCAUGGCUGUGAAUCCUCUGGAGGGUCUGAUAUCAGUGACUGUGAAGCAGCAGCAGCUGAUGUCCAGCUCCAAAGCAGAGCAGAACCAGAACCAGCAUGUUCACAAAAAGUGGUUGCAGACCGUGUGUGGGUCCAGGUCAAGCUGCGGUUCUGGUUCUGUGGUCCAGAGGAGGUCGCUGAGGAGUCAAAACUCUCCAGAAAACGCGGCACGAGAGAGGAGUCGUGUUCAGAACCUGCGUCAGGCUUUCUACAGCCUGCAGGCGGCCCUGCCUUCAGUCCCACCCGACACCAAGCUGUCUAAGCUGGAUGUUCUUGUUCUGGCCACCAACUACAUCGCUCACCUCACAGAGACGCUGGAUCAGGGUUCUGAACAGGCCCUGCCCUUCAGGCCCGGCGGGUAUCUGCAUCCUGUAAAGAAGUGGCCCAUGCGCUCUCUCCUCUACUGUGGAGCUGUAGGAGAAUUGCUAUCGGCCAAUCAGAUGCCUCCACCAGGCUACAAGGGGUCGUGCCCUCUGAGCCCAGCUGAAGCAGCUGACGUUCGGAUUCAUGACUGACCCGCAGAACCCCCACGCCCGACCUGGGGGAAGGAAGCACACGAGUCACUCCACUAAUCACACUAAUCACAACAGUUCACCAUUACUUCACUUUCAUUUCACCGUUACUCACACCACUAAGCUCACCAUGCAGCUGCUUGUUGCUGUGACCUUUGACCUUUAGUUUCCACACGUCCUCCUUUCAUGUUGAAUAAACAAUUCAGCUGUU